AACAGCUCUGCGGAGGCUGUACUGAUGAGCCUGCUCUUCUCUCAAGGGAGCCUGGAGUUUGUUAUCUGAGAUGCACAGAGCCCCCCAGAUGACCACCCCUUGGGCUAGUCGGGACCUGCAGAGAGCCUGGGAGAAAAGCUACCAGGACCACAGGAAAAAGGUCCAGAAUGCCCAGCCACUAGUGGACACUCACCCACCACAGACUUACAGCCACCUCUACCUAAAAGUCAAGAAGCUGAAGAUGGAGGAAGAGAGACUCUCCAUCAUUGACAAGGACAACUGCCUGCUUCUGCAAAGGGUGGCCUCCGCCAUGAAAACCAGGGGACAGACUGAUGGCCAAAAUAACCUCACACAGAGAAGUCUAAACAGGAAGACAAGAGAACAGGCACUUAAGAAAGUGCAGAAACAAAGCAAAGUCCUUCCGGAAAGACUGAAGCGCAGAGUCCUGGUAUGGAGCACAGAGAUGGCAGAAGGAUUGGGCUGCCAUGGCCAGACGUCCCUGCAAAUGCGGACAGACCUGGAGAAAAGGAGCUGAAAUUGAUGCCCAGCAAGAGCCAAGCCUCUUCUGGAUGCCCAACCUCAAGUGGAAAAGGUGAGGGUUCAGAACCCGACCAUUGAAAGAAGACCAGAGCCCAGAUGCAGCGAUGAGGCCGUCCUGUGCUCGCCUCGGGGUUGGGGGUGGAUGUGGGUGUGUGCAGGUCUUGGGGUUGGUGGCCUAGCAUCUGAGGGCACGCUGGCUUCAUGUGUGCCCCCGGGGACAGCUGUGAGAGCUGUGACACAGCAGCCGGGAGCUUCGCGGUCACGACCUUCGCCAGAUGACACAGCACAGCUAUUUAUUGUGUUUCUUGGACUGAUAACAAAAGACAAAAUAUGCAGAGUAAUAUUGGAAGCUACGGGAUUUUGAAGUAGACGUUUCUUCUCUAACUAUUAACACUUUUCUGAGUUACCAUGAAUUCUGUUAGUUGUAUGCAGUUCCCUUACAAAUGACUCUGUGACUGUCAUUUUACCAAAUACGUAAAUAAAGUUGAGACCCUUACCCAAGA